AUGAUUGAAAAACUUAAAUUAGAAUUAAAAAACCGCUUUCAGGAUCUAGAAGAGAACAGUUUAAUUGCGCAAGCGACUCUCUUGGAUCCUAGAUUUAAAAAAAUUGGGUUUAUAGAUGAGAGAAAAUAUAAACGAGCAGCAACGUUAUAUACAAAGGUAGCUAACACCACCUUAUUAGACGAAAUGCCAGAAAAUGGAAGAGAAGAGAAUGUUGAUGAUGAACAACAUGUCCAACAUGGCCAGGAUACUGCACCCAAAGAAGAAAAUCUAGUUGAGGGUUUAUGGAAGGAUUUUGAUGUAGAAGUUCGACAGCACUUAAAACCUGACAAUCCAAGAGCAACGGCUAUUAUCGAAGUCGACAAGAAUUUAGACGAACCCAUUUUACCUAGAAAGGAUAGCUUAGGGGUACAUCAAGACCCUCUUGUCUGGUGGAGUCAAAGGAAACACAUAUACCCCAAGUUAUACCAAAUUAUGAAAACGCGACUUUGCAUUAUGGCUACAUCUGUCCCGUGCGAGAGAAUAUUUUCGAAAGCGGGACAGAUCAUGAAUGAAAAUCGCGAAAGAUUAAAAACGGAUAAAAUAUCAGAAGUAGUUUUUUUAAGUUACAAUUUAAAUAAUAAUGAUUAG